AAAAACACAACAAAAGGACUUCUUUGCUUCCACCUUUCACACUAGCUGUAACUCCAACAUGCAAUCCAGUUCUCCUCCUCCCCGGUGGAUCACCGCCUUCUUCUCCUCCUCCUCCUCCUCUUCUCUCCUCAUCAAUGGCGACGACGACCUCUCACUUCUCCAAUGGCUUUCUCUCUCCCUACCAUCAAAGACUCCUCCUUUCCAUCUCCGACUUCAUCUUCCUCCUCUCCUUCAUCUUCCUCACCAUUCACCGUUGCCGUCGCCGUUCACCGGAGCCAGAAAAAGAACCAUUACUAACCAAGCUUUCAUCUUCUCCAACUACUCCUCUCAAGCUCAAGCUCAAGCUCACCAUCAUUCUUCUCUCUUUUCUCACCAUCUUCUACACCACUCUCUUCACUCUCUCCCUCUUCUUCUCCACAUCUCUCCAAUGUCCCAAUCUCUCCUCCAUCCUCCUCCUUCUCCGUCUUCUCUCCCAUCUCUUCUCCACUUCCAUCCUCCUCUUGACUAACCCUUUACCUUUCUCUUUCCUUCUCUUUCUCCGCCUCUUCUUCUUCUCCUCCUUCUUCUUCAACUCCUUCUUCUCCAUCUCCUCCUUCUUCUUCACCUCCCUUCUUUUCCCAGACGAUUUCAUCAUUCUUUCUCUCCUUCCUUUCUCCUUCUUUCUUCUUUAUCUUUCCAUCACCGGCGUGCAGCCGGCGCCGGAGGCUUCUCCGGCGACAUACGCCACAGCGACCUUGCUUUCCAAAGCGACAUGGAGUUGGAUGAACCCUCUUCUCGCCAAAGGCUACAAAACCCCUCUCCAUCUCCAUGACGUUCCAUCUCUAGCUCCAGAACACCAAGCAGAGACCUUGCUUCAAACCUUCAACUCUCACUGGCCGGAAAACAAUCUCCGGCGAAACCACCACCCAGUAGCCACAUCACUCUUCCUCUCAUUCUGGCCAAACCUCCUCCUCACCGCCGCCCUCUCCCUUCUCCGUCUCCUCGCCAUGUACAUCUCCCCAACUCUAAUCCAAUCCUUCAUCUCCUUCGCUUCAAGCUCCACCAAAUCAUCAAUGGCGGAAGGCUACUACCUCUGCUCCAUCCUCCUCUUCUCCAAACUCAUCGAAGUCUUCACUUCCCACCAAUUCAACUUCCAAUCCCAAAAACUCGGCAUGAUGAUCCGCUCAACUCUCAUUACUUCUCUCUACCGCAAAGGUCUCCGUCUCUCUUGCUCUUCCCGGCAAUCCCACGGCGUUGGAAUGAUCGUCAACUACAUGGCCGUAGACGCCCAGCAACUCUCCGACGUUAUGCUCCAACUCCACUACCUCUGGCUCAUGCCACUUCAAAUCCUCACAGCUCUCGCUCUCCUCUACACCUACCUCGGCAUCGCCGCCACCACCGGCAUCGCCGGAACUCUCAUCGCCACACUCUUCAUCCUCCUCAACACUCGUCGGAACAACACCUUCCAAUUCAUGCUCAUGACUCUGCGCGACGCGCGCAUGAAGGCCACCAACGAGAUGCUCGCCAACAUGCGCGUUAUCAAGCUGCAAGCUUGGGAGCGGCAUUUCGUCGAACACAUCGUAGGCAUUCGAGAUGGUGAGUUUGGUUGGCUAUCCAAGUUCAUGUAUUCAAUGUCCACCAACAUGGUCGUCCUUUGGAGUUCGCCGGCCAUCAUCGCCGUCGUCGUUUUCGGUACUUCUCUCCUCACCGGCGUCAAGCUUGACGCCGCCGUCGUCUUCACCGCCAUGACCAUCUUCAGGUUGUUGCAAGAGCCGAUGAGGAACUUUCCGCAAGCGUUGAUAACGGUGUCGCAGGCGACGGUGUCACUGGAGAGAGUGGAGAGGUUCAUGAUGAGCAGGGAGUUGGAUGAUAAGGCAGUGGAGAGAGUGGAUGGUGGACACGUGGCGGUUGAGAUUCGUGAUGGGGAGUUUGGGUGGGAUGAUGAUGAUUUGCACGGCUCGUUGAAGGUUUUGGACGUUGCGAUUGAGCGUGGGACCCUCUCUGCUGUCGUUGGGACCGUUGGAUCUGGCAAGUCGUCUUUGCUGGCUUGUUUUCUCGGUGAAAUGCACAAGAUCUCUGGCACGGUGAGAGUUUGUGGAACGACUGCUUAUGUAGCGCAGACGGCAUGGAUUCAGAAUGGGACAAUUCAAGAAAAUAUCUUGUUUGGAUCGCCGAUGAAGUCAGAGAAGUACAAGGAGGUAAUUCGUGUUUGUUGCUUGGAGAAGGACUUGGAAAUGAUGGAAUUUGGGGAUAAGACGGAGAUUGGAGAGCGAGGGAUCAACCUGAGUGGUGGUCAGAAACAACGCAUUCAGCUCGCCAGGGCGGUGUACCAAGAUUGCGACAUUUACCUCCUCGAUGAUGUCUUCAGCGCUGUUGAUGCUCAUACUGGUUCUGAGAUAUUCAAGGAAUGUGUGAGGGGUGUGCUCAAAGAGAAGACAGUCGUGCUUGUAACUCAUCAGGUGGACUUCUUGCACAAUGCCGAUUGUAUCUUGGUUAUGCGAGACGGGAUGAUAGUGCAAUCAGGAAAGUAUGAUGAAUUACUUGGUUCGGACACAGAGUUUGGUGUGCUUGUUUCUGCGCAUGAGAAUUCCAUGGAGCUCGUGGAGCAGAGUACCAAUCACAAUAUCAGCAAUGAUGAGCAUUCUAAACCAGAUAAGCAGUCAAUUGAGGAGGAUCGACCGGGAAUUUCACCGAAAACAGAAAAGGGAACUUCCAAACUCAUAGAAGAGGAGCAGCGUGAAACCGGCCACGUCAGCUGGAACGUCUACAAAGUGUAUAUAACUGAGGCUUGGGGUUGGUGGGGAGUCGUCAUUGUUUUAGGCAUUUCAAUUGUUUGGCAAGUUUCGCUAAUGUCAAGCGACUACUGGUUGGCAUACGUAACAUCAGAACAAAACAUAGUUUCAUUCAGUCCCUCGUUGUUUAUCGAAGUCUACUGCAUUAUAGUUGCUGUUUCACUCAUUGUUGUGGCUGUUCGAUCUUUUCUUAUCUCAUACUUGGGCCUCAAGACCGCGCAGAUAUUUUUCGAGCAGAUGCUUAACUGUAUAUCACAUGCUCCAAUGUCGUUUUUCGAUACUACGCCUUCAGGACGAAUUCUAACUCGGGCAUCAUCUGAUCAAACAAACAUUGAUCUUUUCCUUCCAUUCUUCAUUGGAUUAACUAUAACAAUGUACAUCACAGUGAUCACCACAGUUAUCGUUACUUGUCAAGUUGCUUGGCCAACAUUUAUAGCUGUAAUUCCAUUAGCAUGGUUGAAUAUAUGGUACAGGGGGUAUUAUCUUGCAACAUCGCGGGAGCUAACUCGUCUUGAUUCGAUCACGAAAGCACCGGUCAUCCAUCAUUUCUCUGAAUCUAUUCUUGGUGUAACAACAAUACGAUGUUUCAGAAAAGAGGAAAGUUUCGCUCAAGAGAACAUCAACAGAGUAAAUUCUAGUUUACGAAUGGAUUUCCACAACAAUGGGUCAAAUGAGUGGCUUGGAUUUCGGUUGGAGUUGAUCGGGAGCUUCGUCCUUUGCAUCGUCGCUUUGCUCAUUAUCAUGCUGCCAGCCAAUUUCAUUAAACCGGAGUAUGUUGGUCUCUCUCUUUCUUAUGGUCUCAACCUCAAUUCGGCAUUGUUUUUCGCCGUUUGGAUUAGCUGCUUUAUAGAGAAUAGAAUGGUUUCGGUUGAAAGAAUAAAACAGUUCACCAAAAUUCCACCAGAGGCGGCAUGGGAGAUCAAAGACCGUCUUCCAUCUCCAAAUUGGCCGGCCAGAGGAGAUAUUGUUAUCCAAGACUUGAAGGUCCGGUAUCGGCCAAACACUCCGCUUGUACUCAACAGUAUCACACUUAGCAUUCAAGGAGGAGAGAAGAUUGGAGUUGUUGGUCGUACCGGAGGUGGCAAGUCAACAUUGAUACAAGCUUUCUUUAGGUUAGUAGAGCCUUGCGGAGGCAAGAUCAUUGUCGACGGAGUAGACAUUUGCACAAUAGGCCUUCAUGAUCUCCGGUCGCGCUUUGGCAUUAUACCUCAAGAGCCCAUCCUCUUUCAAGGGACGGUUCGAACUAACAUCGAUCCUGUCGGAAAGUACUCUGAUGAGGAGAUUUGGCAGAGUCUAGAGCGAUGCCAGCUUAAAGAUGCAGUGGUUUCGAAACCGGAGAAGCUCGACGCUUUAGUGGUUGACAAUGGUGAGAACUGGAGUGUAGGACAAAGACAGCUUCUGUGUUUAGGCCGGGUAAUGUUAAAGCAAAGCCGUAUUUUGUUUAUGGAUGAAGCAACAGCUUCAGUCGAUUCACACACCGAUGCGGUGAUUCAGAAGAUUAUUCGAGAAGACUUUGCAUCGUGUACGAUUUUCAGCAUUGCUCACAGGAUACCUACUGUCAUGGAUUGUGACCGAGUUUUGGUUAUUGAUGCUGGACAUGCAAAAGAGUUCGACAAACCAUCGAAGUUGAUUGAACUGAAUUCGCUCUUCGGUGCUUUGGUUCAAGAGUAUGCUAAUCGCUCGGCAGAUACAUAAUGCAGACAUAGCGGAGCUUUUGAAGAUGAAUUAUAUUAAAUUUUUUCAAUACUUAUCAGCUUAAUAAAUAAAUUAAAAGAGUGUUUUUCCCAUAACUAUGUUAAUGAAAAGGCAUGACUCAAGGGCAUGCCUUUUUGCUAUAAUUUUUCUAAACAAAAAUAUAUAUUGUUUUCUUGAAUAUGAUCUUUUAUUCUAAAUUCAUCUUCAAAGAUCCUCAAUU